AUAUUGUGUAGGUCCCCCUCGUGCCGCCAAAACAGCGCCAACCCGCAUCUCAGAAUAUCAUUCUGAUAUUAUAUUCUUCUCGCCACAAUUGUACAGAGCGGUUAUCUGAGUUACUGUAGACUUUGUCAGUUCAAACCAGUCUGGCCAUUCUCUGUUGACCUCUCUCAUCAACAAGACAUUUCUGUCCACAGAACUGCCGCUCACUGGAUGUUUUUUUGUUUUUGGCACCAUUCUGAGUAAAUUUUAGAGACUGUUGUGCGUGAAAAUCCCAGGAGAUCAGCAGUUACAGAAAUACUCAAACCAGCCCGUCUGGCACCGUCUGGUUGGUGCUGUUUUGGCAGCACGAGGGGGACCUACACAAUAUUACAAACUUUAUUAAGUUAAAUAAUUGUUGUAAAAUAAUAAUAAUAUAUAUUAUGUAGAUAAUUAAUAAUAUUGAAAUAUUAUGAAAUAAUAUGAUUAUAAUUAUAUAUGAAGAUCAUAUUAAAUAAUAUGAUUAUAAAAUGAUAAAAUCUAAAAAAAGGUAAUUGUUGUUGUGGUAAACUGGAUUGCGUCAUCUGGUGGUUGGUUUCAUUAAAUCUCUUGUUAAUUUCUUGUUCAAGUAGAAAAUGCGGCUUGUGAGAUUUUCGGCUUCGUGGGAGCGCAGCGUGUCUCCGGAGUGGCGCAACGUGAAAUGCCCAUCAGACACAGACGCAUGGACAUCUGAGUGUGUUUCGACUGCGCUAUCGUGACGAUGAGACGACGAGACAGUGAGAGAGACCGCAACAGAGCUCGAGCGGGCUCCAUGAGCGCGUUACCGCAGUGGAUGCGCAUGUAUUUCUACGGGAUGCACGGCGUCACCCUGGACAUCCUCUUGUCCUCUGUGCGCAGGUUUCUGGAUGACAACGACUUUAGAUUAUUGGGCUUCUCCUCACCGUUUUUGUGCAUCAUCCACUCCAUCACGCAUCUGGUUUUGGAGAAGAUCUACCUGCAGAAGAAAUGCUUCCAAGGACGUCCCGCCGUGUUCCAUCUCGUCUUCUAUCCAUCCCUGUACAUCUGCUUGCAGAUUUUAAUCGGGAAUGUGGUGUCUGUUACGCAGCUUGCCGUGCAUUACAUCCUUGCGUUAUACUUCAGCAAUGUCUUUCAUAAAGGCUUCCUGCGUCUGCAGUGUCACAAUAACCGGGUGUUGGGGAGAUCAUCGUACCCGAACGGGUUACCGGACGUCGUGCGCUUUGUGUUCUUCGGGAUGCACGGCUUUCUGGAUGAGGUGGUGUUCACAUCGGUGUUCAACCUGUUCGAGAAAGCAGACGGGACCUUGACGGGUCACACAUCCCUGUGGUCCUUCUUCAUGUAUGGAAGCUGCAGCUUCGUGGUGGAGAAGCUCUACCUCCAUUUGCACUUCAGAAGAGGAUGGGGCACCUGGCAGAGGUUGCCCAUCUACAUCUGCUUCAUUUACACAUGGGAGUUCAUCUGGGGCUUUGUGCUCAGACAGUUUGACGCGUGCUCGUGGGACUACUCCCAUUAUCCUCUCAAUUUCAUGGGCCUGGUCACACUGCUGUAUCUGCCAGGAUGGGUUUGUCUGAGUCUGUAUCAGGACGUCUUGUCCAAAAUUCUGUUGAGGGUUGUCUGUAAUAGUAGGGAUGAGGAGAAGAUGCCAGGCCUUGGUGCCAAAAGGAAAGCCUGAAACAGAAAAAUUGGUCUUUUCUUAAUAAGAUCCUUCUGGCACCAUGCAAAAAGGGCAUUUAAUCAUUAUAGUUUUUGGUGCAUACAGUAAAAGUAGCAUUAGAGAGAUUUGUUUUAAGUAGAGGAGACUGGGGCUAGUUGUCACACUGUAUACACCAGUUAAUAUUUCUCAGGUCAGGUUUAUUUUUGGAAGUCAAAAGAUGUCUGUUCAUUGAACGCAACUAUAGCGGGGAAUGUUUUUGCACUAAAUGGGGUAAGUUGUCACAAUGGAAACCUGCCAUUAAAUUGUCUAUUAUGGAGUAUUUACUGGCUUUUUAGCAGAAUUUAAAACGGAAAACAUUUGUGAAGCACACAGCGAUUCAGGGAAACAACAAAAUGUUAUGGCUGAUUGAAAUCUUAAUUAAUUAAUUUGGUUAAAUUGCUAACAUGGGACAAUUUGUCCCAACUUGACAUUUAUGGAAAAAUACCCUUGUCUUGAGAAAUCAGUGCCAAAUUUGAGUAAAAAUCUACCUUCAUUAUUGUUGACUUUUGCCUGAGUGAAUCCUAGUGUGGCCUUCACUUGUUUGUUUACCCAACAGCUAGUACAAAAACAGGAUGCAACUCGCUAAAAAACAAAUAAUCCUAAUUUAAAGGAAUAUUCUGGGUUCAAUACAAGUUAAGCUCAAUCGACAGCGUUUGUGGCAUUAUAUUUAUUAGCCUAUCACUCACAUUAAUUUCGACUUGUUCCUCCUUUACUACAAAAAACAAAAAUCUGGGAUAAAGUGAGGCACUUACAAUGGAAGUGAAUGGGGCCAAAUUUGAACGUUAGACAAGGCAAGUUUCUUUAUAUAGCACAUUUCAUACACAAUGGCUAUUCAAGGUGCUUUACAUAAAAAUGAUAAAGAAAAUACAAGAUGUAUAAAAAUAAAUGUUAAAACCAAUUAAGAACAAGAAGAAUAAAAAGUACUAAAAUAAAUGGAAUAAAACAGAAAAAGAAUACAGAAAUAAGAUUAUGCAUUGCAAUGCGUUUUACAUUAAAAUACUCAACUGUUUCAAAAGUAUAGCCACAAGACAUAAAUAAUAUGUGUGUAAACAUGAUUUUAGCAUGAUAAAAUCACUUACUAACCUUUUCUGUGUAAAAGUAUAGCCAGUUUUACAACUUCAUUACCAUGAUGAUGUAAUGUCAACAAACCUAAAACCCUAAAGGACGAUUUAAUCAACUUUACAGCACAAAUAAUACAUGAGUUUAACAGAAUAAUUACUGUACGUGCUUUUAUAAAAUUUUAAGCUUCACAUUUCUGCCUUUAAACACUCCAAAAAUUGGCCCCAUUGACUUCCAUUGUAAGUGCCUCACUGGAACCUCCAUUUUUGCAUUUUUUAAAGAAAAGAAGGGACGAGUCGAAAAUAAUUUUUGUGGUAAUCAAUACUAUGCCAUAAAUGCUGUCGAUUGAGCUUAACUUGUAUUGAACCCGGAAUAUUCCUUUAAGAUCUGAGCUAUAGGUGUUUGAAGCCAACAUACAAACCCACAGCUACAGUUUUGUGCAACUGGACUUUUGAUUUAAAAAAAAAAAACAACAAUAAUAGUUACUGAGAUAAAGUCCUAGUGGCAACUUCCCCAUGUGACAACUAGCCCCAGUCUCCCCCUACUUAUUUAAAAUAUUAUUAUAUUUUUAGGCCACACUGUCAUUUUUAAACCAUUGAUUAAUAUUUAAUAAUAUCGGCCAACCCCCCCCAAACAUUUAGUAUGACAGAAAAGCCCAGGAUGUGCUCUCCAAGAUACUCUAGGGUUUUAAAGUGUGGCUUUUACUGUGUGUUCUCAAAGAUGUCAACAAAAAGCAAAUUGCUGGUUCUCAGGAGGAUAAAAGCACCAGCGUUACACCCCACAGAGAAAUGUUUCCUCAGAGAAACAAAUGUGUGCUGUUUGAAGAGCACAACCAACACGCUCUCAAGGCGAAAUCGUCAGGAUUCGUACGACUUUUCUAAAUUUGGCUAAUUCGUAUUGUUUACUCCUACGACUAUCACUACAGCCAAUGAUGUCGCUGGACUUAUGAACUGCCAUUUCACACACAAGGAAGCAAUUGACACAAAUGACUAACAGCACAACGCUACUGGGCUUUAAUGGCUAUUGAAUAUCAUGUGUCUGGAUUGUAGUUUUAUUGCAGGAUUGGAUUUUGCAUGUUGAGACAGUUGUAGCAAAACUGACUGUGAGAUAAACUGUGAUUUAAAAGCUUUAAAAAUAUGAAAAGACCAACUGAGUGCCUUUAUUCACACUUUUAGGCAGCUGGACUUCAACAGUAUAAUCAGAAUCACAUCCGUUUGAAUACAAGUUCAGGCAUAUCUCAGUUUUCAGAUGCAUUUGAGUAAUAUUAACAAAGACAUACAGGUUUAUAACUGACUUUAUUAGAGUAAUCUUCGGCAGCUAAAGUUGAUUAGAAACUGACUUUCAAAAUGGUCCACCUUUGUCAAAUGCAGAACCACCAUGUACUGUGAAAAACUGCUGUGAUUAUAAAAUAAGAUUUCAUAUAAUGGAGGAUUCCUUUAUAUACUGUGUGUUUUGUUCUUGUAAAAGAUUUUACCUUUUCCAAAAGAUGUCAGGGGUCAUGUCCUAUAUAUUGUAUAUACAAUAUUUAAAGGAAUGGUUAACCCAAAAAUGAUAUAUAUUUGCAUGUGCUCACCCUCUUUCAAAACACAUGAUUUUCUUUCUUCUGUGGAACACAAAAGGAAAAAAGGUGUGUCCUUUUUUAAGCUUGAAAGCUCCAGUGCCCAUUCAUUGGAAUUGCAUGGAAAGUAGCAGCUGAUUUUGUGUCCUUCUUAAGAAAGAAUAUAAUAAUAAUGGGUGAACUUUUCCUUGUAGGCAGAAAUGGCCAAAGCUUAGUAUAAUGAAUCUGUAACGUAAGCCUCAAAACACAGAAAUGACAUGUUUUAUCUUAGAAAAGCCCUGAUUUCGUCCAAUAAGCACGACCUGUAAAACAUUACCGAUAGACAUUGAAAUACUUUCUUUAAUUUUUUUACUUAUUGCAUGUGGUCUCUCGGCAGCUAAGGAUGUGUCUGCUCAAAUGUACCACUUGUGACUUUAUAAGAGGAUAUAAACACUGUGUACUUGGAGGAAUGGAUCGGUGAUUGUAAUUAGUAUACUGCAGCUAGAUAAUAUUCUGAAUACUGUGAAUGAUCACUUAAUGUUCAUUUGAAUUUGCUUCUUUAAAUGUAUUGGAAUUUUAUACUUGUAUCACAAUAGCAUAUCAGAAUCAUCAUGAUUUUAUAUUUGUCCCAGUUCAGACUAUGCACUCAUUAAAUUGAUGAAAGAUAUAAAUAUGACUGUUCAUCACCUUUGCGUUUCCACAGUGCUGUUUUUCUGAAGUCCUGCUCAUUUUCACAAACUGGUUCUUUUAAACAAUUCAUUUCAAUGUAUCGCAUGCUUGUGUUACGUUAUGAAUUGCACUUUUUGAAUUGAAUUUUAUGAAUUGCAUUUCAGAGUGCAACAUGAAAUUGAGCUUGCGUGCAGUGUGUUUCGGGCCUUAAAUGUAUUACUACAGCAUUGUGGUAUC